AUGUCUGCUCGUCCCCAGAAUAUCGGUAUCAAGGCCAUUGAGGUCUACUUCCCCAGCCAGUGUGUUGACCAGGCGGAGCUGGAGAAGUUCGAUGGCGUGAGCGAGGGGAAGUACACAAUUGGUCUGGGACAGACUAAGAUGAGCUUCUGUGAUGAUCGCGAAGACAUCUACUCCGUCGCCUUGACCACCCUCUCCUCCCUCCUCAACAAGUACAACAUUGACCCCAAGUCCAUUGGUCGUCUGGAGGUCGGCACAGAGACUCUUCUUGACAAGUCCAAGUCCGUCAAGUCGGUGCUGAUGCAGCUGUUCGCUCCUCAUGGGAACACCAACAUCGAGGGUAUCGAUACUGUCAAUGCUUGCUACGGUGGUACCAACGCUGUCUUCAACAGCAUCAACUGGGUCGAGUCGUCCGCUUGGGAUGGCAGAGAUGCCAUCGUCGUCUGUGGAGACAUUGCGCUUUAUGCCAAGGGCGCUGCCCGUCCUACCGGUGGUGCUGGUGCUGUUGCCAUGCUGAUUGGUCCUGAUGCCCCCAUCGUGUUCGAGCCUGGUCUCCGUGGCAGCUACCUCACCCACGCUUAUGACUUCUACAAGCCUGAUCUCACUAGCGAGUACCCCGUCGUUGAUGGUCACUUCUCCCUCAAGUGCUACACCGAGGCCGUCGAUGCUUGCUACAAGGCUUAUGCCGCUCGUGAGAAGGUGCUCAAGGAGAAGGCUCAGAAUGGCACCAACGGAGUCGAAAUCGAUGAGACUAAGACUGCUCUGGACCGUUUUGACUACAUCCUGUUUCACGCCCCUACCUGCAAGCUGGUGCAGAAGUCGUACGGCCGCAUGCUCUACAAUGAUUACCUCACCAACCCCGACCACCCUGCCUUCGCCGAAGUGGCCCCUGAAGUGCGUGAUGUAGACUACGAGAAGUCCUUCUCUGACAAGACCGUUGAGAAGACCUUUAUGGGUCUCACCAAGAAGCGCUUCGCCGAGCGUGUGCGCCCUGGUCUCGAUGUUGCCACCCUGUGCGGUAACAUGUACACUGCCACCGUCUAUGCUGGUCUGGCCAGCUUGCUCAGCAAUGUUACCUUCGACCCCAGCCAGCCCAAGCGCAUUGGCCUCUUCUCGUACGGCAGUGGUCUUGCCAGCUCCUUGUUCAGCGCGAAGAUCGUUGGUGAUGUCUCUCAGAUGGUUGAGAAGCUGGAUCUGCACAACCGUCUGAACGCCAGAGCUGUCCUGCCCCCCCAGGCUUAUGAUGAUGUCUGUCUUCUGCGUGAACACGCCCACUUGAAGAAGAAUUUCAAGCCUUCCGGCAACACUGACUCGCUCUUCCCCGGCACCUACUACCUGACCGAAGUUGAUGACAUGUUCCGACGAAAGUACGAAAUCAAGGCCUAG